AUGCCUAACGCCUUGAACCAUGGAUCGAGGGCAAGUGGAGCCGGAAGCGUGAAAAGUUUUUGAUUGAGAGUAGUUAAGUUGGCCGGUGCUGGACACGGGACGCUGUCAUGAACAGAGGUAAACACCUGUGCAACUGAUGCGCCGCAAUAACGAAGUUAAAAAGUAAUAUUUCCCCCCCGUACAUCAAUGGGAUAAUAUACGACAACACUCAAUCCUCCUGUAAUAAAUUUUCCGGUAAAUGUAUUCAGAGAGCUAUUACCUUCGACUUCUUUGAAGUUACUGGUAAGUUUUUACCAGACCCCGUCCUUAGCGCCCUGUGAGAGAUGGAUAUCUAUAUACAGGAUUGUCGGGGAAAAUAUCACUCGUGAGAUCAGAUCAUGCUAUGAGUGUGGUGUCUUGGAGAAUAAAUUAACUGGUAGAGCAAUAACAUCAUGUAAAAGAUGA